GGACUACAUCUCCCAGCAUGCCCCCGCGGCCCCGAGCCAGGCGAGGCUCGGUGAGUCAGAGCCGCACAGUAAAUAUUUGUAUUAGCCGGAGCCGGCUCGCUAAUGGUGGACGCGUGAGGCGGAGGAGCGCGGCGGCGGGAGGCAGCGGGCAGCGCGGCAGCGGCGCCAUGUCCGUGAACAUGGACGAGCUCAAGCACCAGGUCAUGAUCAACCAGUUCGUGCUGACGGCGGGCUGCGCGGCCGACCAGGCGAAGCAGCUGCUGCAGGCGGCCCACUGGCAGUUCGAGACGGCCCUCAGCGCCUUUUUCCAGGAGACCAACAUCCCCUACAGCCACCACCACCAGAUGAUGUGCACUCCUGCCAACACCCCCGCCACGCCCCCCAACUUCCCUGAUGCCCUCACCAUGUUCUCCCGUCUCAAGGCUUCCGAGAGCUUUCAUGGGGGCGGCAGUGGCAGCCCGAUGGCCGCCACGGCCACGUCCCCCCCGCCGCACUGCCCCCACGCCGCCACCGGCAGUUUCGCGGCACCGAGCUGGCCGACUGCGGCCUCGCCCCCAGGGGGGCCACAGCACCACCAGCUGCAGCAGCCGCCCCUGUGGACUCCGGCACCCCCCUCCCCGGCGUCAGACUGGCCACCCCUGGCCCCCCAACAGGCCGCCUCAGAACCGAGGGCCCACCCUGCCAUGGAGGCGGAGAGAUAAGGGAGGCCCCUCCCCCCUCCCGGAGGCCAGGACCCUGUGGGGCGGGGGAGAGGAUGUCUCUGUGGGCCCCCUUCACCCUGCUCUGUCUGCACCCCCGUUCCCCGGAGCCCUGGAGGGGAGAGACUGGACCCUGGUGCCAGCACACGGGCUGCCUGCGUACAAACAUGGGAGUGCAGGCACGGGGCCCCCACCUUGCAUGGAUGUGGUUCAGAGUCGUCUUGGUGCUGGUGGACAGAACUUCAGAGAACAAGCAGCCUUCCCCAGAGGACUUGCUCACCCUGCCCCACCCCAGGGGACUGCAAAGAAUCGCCACAGCAGCGGAGACUUGGCUGGCUCCUGCCUGGGAGCUCCUCAGGGGCCAGCAGGCCUAGAUCCCCACCCUCGGGAAUGCAGAGGCUUCUCCGCAUGUGUGUGUGUAGCUGUGUCUGUAUUUAUAUGUAUGUCGCUCUACAAGAAGCAACCUAGUUUAUGGGGCAGCUGGACUUUGCAUGUUAGAGUGAGCCCCCAAGCCCCUUGUCUGCCACCUGUCUCCCCAGGGCCCUGCCCCUCUCUCCCACCCCCUGCUCAGCCAGCCUUGCUGUUCCCUGCAGAAAAAAGAAUUGUGGGAAACUUCAGGACUCUUCCCACCCAUUCCCCAGCGCCUGCCUGCUGGGGCUGCCUGCAUGCCUCCCCCAGAGCCCGGGGGUACCUCACACCCUUUCCCUUCCUCCUUUUAACAAAAGAGAAGAAAGAGUUCAAACCACCACCAGGCUCUGUGGUCUUGCCACCCAUCUGCACCCGUCUGCUGCUGUCUCAGUCACAACAUGGCACUGGAACCUUCUCGCCCAUCCAAGGCUCUUCCCAUGAAGUUAUUUCUGCCUGUGUUCCCAGAAACCCUGCCUACUGCCCAUCCUUUCCUCCUGUCCGACUGAACUGGUCCUGAACUCCAGGGCUAACAGCUGCCUUCCGGUGUGCUUGGGUUUCACAUAGGACCUUUCCUUGUGUGUUAGGGUCCCAGGGCUGGCUGCAGGCUGGACUCUGCAAGCCCAGCCUCCAGCAAACAUGCCGGUUAGAGCAAGGCCCUCCGCCUGAGACGGUGUGCAUAGCCGGCUUCUGUGCAGAGCCAGUGGGGGCUUGGGCAGGGACAGGACGAGCCCAGGGCAGAGUCCAGCCUGCAGCUGAAACCUUUGGUCGCUAAGGAGACUGGCAGCCUAGGAGCCAUAGACGGCAUCCCAGGCUGCUCCCAAGCUGGGGCAGACACCUGCUCUCACCCCAAGGGAGAAGCCUCGGUGUUCCACUCUGCGCAGCACCUCCCCUGCCUGGCUGGUGGUGGGGAAGGGGCUUCCUGGGGCAGCCUCAGCCUUGCACACCUUGUAAGGGGCUGGGCGUUAGAGAAGGAGAGAGGCCAAGGUCUUUGCCCAGCCUUCGGUACAGGCACACCUCACUCUAACUUAGGAUAGCCCGCCUGGCAGUGGGUCUUCUGUGGCUGAUAAUGUGGGUUGGCGAGUUUCUUCUGUUUCAGAAGGUCUGCGGGACUGCCAUCUCUGCACUCCCCUCGGGCAGUCCUGCCUCCUGAGGGCGGUGCUCCUGGGUCAGGUGUUCCCAGAGCUACUGCCUGGCCUCCCUAGCCUGUCUCUGCCCUGCUGGACCCUGGACAGGCUCAGGGGUCGACUCUUCUCUGGCUGUUACCGAAGAAGACUAACUGCUGGGCCCCCGCUCCAGCUGUUGCUUCUGUCCUGGAAUCGUGUCCUUACCCUGAAAACCCUUCCAGCAGCCUCCCAGGCCUUCCUGGCAGAGGAGGUCUAGAGGGGAGCACAGCUCUGUGAGGGCGAUUCUUGUGCAGAGAGGAGGGACGGAGGGGCAGGACACAGGGAGGGGAAGGGUGUCUUGGGCCUCCUGAAUCUUCACCACAGCCUUGUGAUGGGAGAAAUGCUCAGAUAACUGCCAAACGCCCCCCCCCCCCGGAGUGUCAGGAGAUCGCAGAGGCAAGUACGUUCCUGUGGGCGCUCUGCUCUGUAGGGGGUGCAUCUGCCCAGGUUGUCCCAGUGAGCAGGCGGCUGGGGUGCUGUGUGUGUCAGAUGUGGGAGACUGCGCACCCUCAAGAAUUUGCACUCCUGGAGGCGAGGCUCAGCCCUGGGCAGGCCAGUGGGGGGCCUGUAAACAACCCACAGUCCGGUUACUCAGCUGUGGCAGUCCUGGGUUUCCAGCAUGGGCACUGUGGACAUUUGGAGCUGGGUUAGUCUGCCAUGGGACGUCCUGUGCUCUGUGGAUACUGGCCAGCAUCCUGGCCCCCAUCACUAGAUGCCCAUAGCGCCCCCCAGUUGUAACAGAAGUAUCUGCAGACACGGCAAAAUGUCCCCUGAACCCAGGGUUCCCAUAGUUGGCUACAGAGCAGAGCCACCAGGGAGGUCUGUUAAAAAGACCACAGACUUCCAGGUCUCACGGCAUCACAGUCCUUGGGGAGAAGCCCUCACAGUAUUAUUUGCAACGUCCACAGGAUAUUGGUUGAUCAACUUCAGAAUAAAAACCACUUAAUCAUA